UCUGGAGGGCACUGAGACCCUAACCUAACCUGCUUGAUCCCUACGUUCGCCGACAAAAACACUUGCAGAUCCACUGGCCCUUUGUUCAAUUAUCAAUAAUUAAUUACUCCAGGGAAAGAGUGACGUGCAGCUCAACUAAAUAAUGUUCGACUUCGUCAAGAAGGACGACAAGGUCCUGGUGUUGUUGAACCACAAAGUGAACGUGGCUGACUUUCCCCAGUCUCUUUCAGAGGUUAACAAUGGUGAAGUUAAGGUGAUGAAAUCUGCCGACUCGAAGACACUUACGAACGAUUGCUCCUUCAACUGGGUCCUCACGUUCGAUGCUCACGAGCAGACGGACCUCAUUGAUCUGCUGAAAGUAGUCGCCCCAGGGGGAUCCAUUGUUUUGCAUAAAUUAAUUGCCAAUUCCACGGAUAAUGAGGCGGACAAACUGUUCUCUGAUGAGAUUUCAGCUCUCAGAGUCAGUGGAUUUAGAUUCAAAGAGUGCAGAGUCAGUCCUCUGACGUCAACGUGGAGGAUUAAAGGUCUUCUUGGUGAUGACUACCAGGAUGACGCGAGGAUUUGUCAGAUUAUUGGAGAAAAGCCUUCAUACAAGAUAGGAUCCUCAGUGGCCCUGUCCUUUGCAAAAGAACCACAAAACGUUUGGAAGCUCGAUGAUGCCGUUGAGGAUGACCUCAUUGACGAGGACGAUUUACUGGAUGAAGAGGACCUGAAGAAACCUACGGAAUCGUCGCUCAGGGUUUGUGGAACAACUGGCAAACGUAAAGCCUGCAAAGAUUGUUCCUGCGGCCUUGCGGAAGAAUUAAAUGGAGAAGCUGCAAAGGAGAAAACCGAAAAAUCGUCUUGUGGAAAUUGCUACCUAGGAGACGCAUUCCGCUGCGCAAGCUGUCCUUAUAUCGGAAUGCCAGCCUUCAAGCCAGGCGAAAAGGUCGUCCUUCCCUCGUCACAAUUGGCUGCCGAUCAAUAAUCCAAUCGCUUAACUAUUCCAAAACCACAUGUGUUGUGUUAUUCAAAAUUGGAAAUAAUCUUUGAACACAAAUCACUUUAUGGUGUAAUAUUUUUUGUUUGUAAUAAAUUAUCUGCAAAAAUUUA